AUGGAGGCACCCGCCCCUAGUAAUAAAAAGGAGUUGCAACGCCUCACCAGAAAGCUCGUCACAUUAGGACAUUUCAUAGCCCAAUUCACAAACAAACUGCGUCCUUUCUUUCUGGUAUUAAGGAAGGCUAACGCGACUGGAUGGACGAAUAACUGCCAGAGUGAGUUUGAAAAAAUCAAACAGUACCUUACGCAACCACCCAUCCUGAGCACCCCUCAGCCUAGAGAGUGGCUGUACAUGUAUUUAGCGGUAUCUGAUUGGGCGGUUAGCGCUGUCUUGUUUCGUUGUCCAUCAUGCAAAGAACAGAAGCAUGUUUAUUAUAUCAGUAGAACGAUGGCCGAUGCAGAAACAAGAUAUUCAAAUAUAGAACAAACUGUGUUAGCCUUGCGAAGCGUCGCCCAAAAGCUUCGCCCAUAUUUCCAAGCUCACCUAAUAGUCGUGCUUACCGACCAACCCCUCCGAAGCAUCCUGCACAAGUCGAAUAUGUCUGGAAGGAUGCUGCAAUGGGUCAUAGAGUUGAGCGAGUAUGGAAUUGAAUACCAGCCUAGGUUGUCCAUGAAAGGGCAAGUCAUGGCUGACUUUGUGGCCAUCCAGCUCGGAUUCCCCGCAUCAAACAACGAAGCCGAGUACGAAGUCAUUCUAUCCGGAUUGGACCUCACACUCACACUAUCCGUCUCUAAGCUCAUAAUCUACAAUGAUUCUCAACUCAUUGUGGGACAUAUGCAAAAAGAAUAUGGAGCCAAAGACGAACGCAUGUCCCAAUACCUGACAAAAGUGCGGGGCACCCUACAGCAAUUGGACGAGUGGACUAUCGAAAAAGUCCACCGGGCAGACAACGUACGGGGUGAUGCAUUGGCAAGGAUAACUGUCUCGCUUCCCAUCAAAGAAGCCAUGUUGCUACCCAUAUAUGUGCAGGCUAAUCCCUCCAUCGUAGAAUCGCCCGCCUGCAAUGCUAUUGAAGAAAGCCAAGCAUGGAUGAGUGUCAUAAAGAAGUAUCUCCGGACAAGCGCUCUGCCCGAGAAAUCCAAGCAUGCGCAUAAGAUCCAUGUGCAGGCUGGCCGUUUCACCCUGAUUGGGGAGUGUCUUUACAAGCGAUCUUCUACAAGCCCCUACCUCAUAUGCUUCGACCACUCGGAAGUCUAG